AUGGAUUUCGAAGCCCAGCCGUAUCAUCUGGCUUUCCGCGCUCAUCACGGUCACGUAGUCACCUGCUUGCUACUAGACUCAGAGAGGAUUCUGACCGGAAGCGAUGACGCGAACAUCCAUCUGUACGACGCCCAUACUGGCGCUUUACAACGGAAAUUCGAAGGACAUGAAGGGGCCGUGUGGGCAAUACAACACGAGGCAGACAUACUGGUAUCCGGUUCGACAGAUCAAACCAUCCGUGUUUGGGACAUCACCUCUGGUAAAUGCCUGCAUGUUUUCCAGGGUCACACAUCUACCGUUCGCUGCCUCGCUAUUUUGCAGCCCGUGAAGAUGAGCACGACUUCCGAUGGCUCGACCAUUUUGAUGCCGAAACAGCCCUUAAUCAUCAGCGGCUCACGAGACUCUACCAUGAGAGUUUGGAAGCUUCCCUAUCCUGGUGAUCGUCAGACUUAUCACGCCAGUCCUCCGGAUGGCCAUAGCGAUGACGUCCACUCGCUGCGCAUCCUCGCUGGUCACCAGAAAACGAUACGCGCAAUGGCAGCUUACGGCGACACUGUUGUCAGUGGUUCGUUCGACUGUACCGUCCGGGUGUGGAAGAUCUCGACGGGUGAAAUGGUGCAUUGUCUCGCGGGACAUUUGCAGAAGGUAUUUAGUGUGGUUCUCGACCACGUGAGCAGUCGCUGCGUGUCCGGGUCAAUGGACAAUUCUGUCAAGAUAUGGUCCAUUGAGACGGGAAACUGCUUGUUCAGCCUCGAUGGCCAUACGUCAUUGGUAGGUCUUUUAGAGCUCAGCCAGGGCGUUUUGGUCAGUGGCGCUGCUGACGGCACUCUCCGCACGUGGGACCUUGACGACGGAGGCUGCAGGGCCAUCCUAAAAGGACAUACUGGCGCCAUAACUUGCUUCCAGCACGAUCUUCAGAAAGUUGUGAGUGGCUCUGAUCGCACUCUUAAGUUGUGGGAUACACAGACGGGGGAGUGUUUGCGCGACCUGCUCUCAGAAUUGAGCGGUGUAUGGCAAGUCCGCUUCGACGAGAGAAGGUGUGUCGCAGCGGUACAAAGAAACAACCUUACUUACAUCGAGGUGUUGGACUUUGGAGCAGCUCGAGAUGGGAUACCAGAGAGCAAAAGAGGACAUCGAAUCGUGGUCGACCUACGCGGACGUGAGGUUGAGAAGGUCGAGGCAGGAACAGAGACGUAA